CUGAUACUCGAAGUAUAAACGAUUUGUCAAUCGAAGUAAGAUCUAGACAUUCAUUUAGGGAAUCUACAUACUGAUCAAAUUCAGUUCCUGAUAUGAACAUCUAAGAUCAACCCAUGAUUCCAACCAUAAAUUUUAAUAAUGUAUGCAAACCCCUUAGAUCGGCGGUCUUUGUAUUUAUCCUCGAGCGGGGUCUUAGAUGCACACUGAAAGGGAUUGCCAUAUUGGAUGAAACAGUUAUCUAGCACUUCUCGGUUUUUAAUGGUUCUUUAAUCAAUGUCAGUUCGUAAUGUUGACUAAUGAAUUUGACAAUGUCCAUAAACCUCUUAUGUUGCUAAAUAAAUUUAGGUUGGUUUCCGAUCUUCAAUCAACAAAUCAUGUCAUAUAUUUGUGUGCUUCGUUGUAUCCUGGUUCUGGUAAACAUUAUCAUCGGACUUAUUGCUGGAGCUAUAACAGUAAUCGGUGGAAUUUACAUUUGGGGAGAAAAAUCUUUGCAUAAUACUCUACAUACAUUUAUCGUAGAUGGAAUUAGUACUCUAACGAUUAAAAAAGGAAUUACAAAAUUAUUUUUUAAUGUAUUCGAAGAGAUUCAACCUUUAGGAGUUUACAUUUUUGUUUCUGGCCUAAUCAUCUUCAUUAUUUGUCUGCUUGGUGUAAUUGGUACAUGUUUUAAAUCAAGAUUGAUAAUUUACAUUUAUCUAACAUUCCAUGUGUUAGUUCUUAUCCCUGAAAUUGUUAUCAUUAUUGUGUAUUUCUGUCGAACGGAUAUAGUAACCACAUUUAGUCGAAAUAUAUUCAAUUCAAGUAUUCAUCGUUACAUUGGUUAUGAUUCACCUGAUAUACACAGUUAUGCUUUAAAUCACAUCAUGAUACAGUUACAAUGCUGUGGUAUUAACAAUGGAAGUGACUUCAGUCAUGUGAAAAUGACUAAACGGAACAUAAUGUAUAAAGGUGAACCGUAUGAAUUUCAAUAUCCAAUCAGUUGUUGCAAAAUGGAUAGAAAUCAAGAAAUAACUAAUAAUGGUUGUCCUGAUGAAUUUACUUUGGAAAACAGUAAUAUACAUGUUGGAUGUUGGCCAAAAAUAGAAAGUUAUAUCAUAAUGUAUGGUAACAUAACUGCUUAUAUAUUAUGUGGAGCGGUAGGAUUGCAAAUUUUAUUCAUUCUCUUUGCUCUAACUAUUAUACGUACAGGGAGGAAAAUCAAACCAAUUUAAACGAUACUAGAUGAUUAACAUACAAGUUCAUGAGGAUAUCAGUUAAAUCUCAUAAAUGUUUGAUCAUAUAUACAGGAACCGAUCUUCAAUUGUAAUUUAGUAAUCAUUUCUGUGUUUUCCAGCCUGUUUACCAAAAUAAUAUUAGUUAACUACUGUGAACCAAAGUUUAUGCUUCAAAAUGUUAUACAGAAAUUAUUAUUCUCAAUCAAAUUAAUGUGAAAAUGUAUUAUGUAACCGUGUUCACAAUUCACAGUUAUUCAUUUUUUUUAAAAAUUACGUUUGCACAUCAAAAAAACUUUUAUUUUUUGUAGCGCAAAUUGUUUCAUACUUAAAUAAGUUAUCAGUAGGCUAAUGUUUUAUUUUAAAAAAUGGACAAUCCGGGUUUUUGUAUUGUUGUAAUGAAUGUUGGAUUUUUCGUUUGAAUGAUAAUUUUAUUCAUAAUAUUCCAGUUUUCAGAGUCAUUAUGAAAUUAGUGACGUCUGAAAAAUUUGAGUGAAUAUGCAGUUAUUGUUAUUUAUACAUUCAUUGAUAUAAUCACAAACAUUGUAUUGAAUCUCAAUAGACUAGUGACGUAAUAUUCUGUAA